CCGAAGGCUACCGUGGAUAUUUUUCUCUAACAAGUAAAAAUACUUUCUCUCUCUAGCAUCCCUCCGAUUCCCAUUUUUCGCCAUUUUCGCCAUUUUUCUUUCACUUUCUUGGCUUAUUUCCCCUGGAAAGAAGAAGAAAAACAUCAUAAACCCCAAACCAUAAACUCCCCUGGAAAUGAAUACUUGAUGUUAUAUUGAAUAACCCUUUUGAUUUGAAUAUUUCAGAUCUGUGGAUCUUUUUACCACUACGCUUAUGUUGAUGAGAUCUAAGUUACAGAAACAUACCAAAGACAGAGAGAAAACAAGCUCGUGAGAAGAAUCUAAAUGAAAUUUCAUUUAUACCAUCUUCGGAGCCGUUGUUGUUCUACAGUGAGCUUGGACAGCUGACACCUGUUAUCCAAAUUUCAUCACUGCAACAUACUCAGGCUUUUUUGCUCUUUACUGUUUUCGCUUCAGAAACAAAAGAAACUGUGACGAGAGAGAGAGAGAGGGAGAGAGAAUAUUGAAUGCUUACUUAGGGCUUAACUGGCUUCAUCCGUCUCGCCGGCGACUAUCUUGCCGGAAAAGCAUGAGAGUAGUGUUUCAAUGGAGGACGACGACGACAUCGAGACACAACAACACCAACAACAACAAACAAGCAGAAAGCUACAGAGACUCUCCUCCGACAAAACCGAAAUGAGGGAUUGGAGCGAUCCAUCGUCGCGUAUCAUUAGGGUUUCACGAGCUUCCGGUGGCAAAGACCGACACAGCAAAGUCUUAACAUCAAAAGGGUUGAGAGAUCGGAGGAUACGUCUCUCCGUCGCUACAGCAAUCCAGUUCUACGAUCUCCAAGACCGUCUCGGGUUCGAUCAGCCGAGCAAAGCCGUCGAGUGGCUUAUCAACGCGGCUUCUGAUUCGAUCUCCGGUUUGGAUCCGAUCGACACGAACUUCGACCAGACGCUCUCGCUGUCCAAAUCCAGCACAUCUGAGAGCUCGCUGUUGUCUUUGUCUAGGACAGAGAGUCGUGGCAAAGAGAGAGAGAGGACAUCGAAAGAGAGAGACAAUAAAGACUUGCAAAGCUCCUUCACUCAGCUUCUCACAAGCGGUUUCGACGAACCGAACCGGAAUUGGACCGGUGGUGGUUCUUCUGAUUGUUUCAACCCGGUUCAGCUCAUGCCAAACUCAAACUCCUUGAAUCAUCGUCAAGAACCGUCGUUGAAUCAUCAUCAUAGUCAAAACCAAUACUCUUUUGUACCGAACUACAACUUUGGAAUCUCUUCUUCUGAUUCUCCCGGAGCAACCGGUUGUUACAGCAGUAGGGGGACCCUUCAGUCCAAUUCACAAUCUCUCUUUCUCAACAACAAUAACAAUAUCAAUCAAAGAUCGAUAUCUUCGUCUUCUUCUUCAUCUUCUCCAAUGGACAGUCAAAGCAUUUCUUUUUUCAUGGCUCCGCCUCUCAACCACCAUAGUCCUCAGCUUCCAGAGGCUUUUGACGGCCGGUUAUAUCUCUAUUACGGUGAAGGAAACCGGAGCUCCGGCAUUAGUUAAUGUUGUAAUAGUACCAUGUCUUUUGGUUUCUUGAUUUUUGUAAAAGAAAGAUGGUUUAUUGGGGCGUGGGUGGGCAUUGAGUCUUAUCUUUAUUUGUGUGUCUCGAAGUAAUGACAUUUUAAGAUUGUAACUUGAUGGCAUGUGGAUGCAUUUGAAAAGAGGGCUUUCAUAGUCUGUGUUUGUCUCCUCAUGUGUUCCAUGUUGGGUUCCCUUCUUACUAGCAUAUUCACUUUG